UCUAAGUGUGUAGUCAUGAUCUGGCUCGACUUUCGCCGGUUUUCCGUUAUUAUAAAUAACGUCGGCGAGACUCUCUUGACACAGGACAAGGAGGACCAAAACCCCAGUCCAGAAAAGAUGUUCCGCUCUGCCGGGUUAGCACUGCUGUGUUUGACUGGCCUUGCAUUUGGUGGAUUUUUGUCACGCCAAGGCACUCGGCUGGUGCACAAUGGUCAGCACAUCUUCCUGUCGGGUGCCAACACCGCCUGGGUGUCGUAUGCACACGACUUCGGCAACCACCAGUACCCGUCACGUCGCGCCCGCUUCCUCGACCUCAUGAAUAAAGUCCACGCAGCGGGCGGCAACUCUAUGAGAACAUGGGUGCACAUCGAGGGAGAGACGUCACCUAAGUUUGACAGCACGGGUCACGUGAUUGGACUUGACACCGCCGGUACCUUCCUGGCUGAGUUCAAAGAAUACCUGGACGACGCUCACGCUCGGCAUAUUCUCAUCUUUCCCACUCUGUGGAACGGGGCACUCAAGCAGCAUAACGAACUCGGGGGUCUCAUCACGGACACCUCCAAGCUGCAGUCCUACAUUGACAAAGCUCUGAUACCCUGGGUGAGGUCUGUCAUGAGCCACCCUGCCCUGGGUGGCUGGGACAUCAUUAACGAGAUGGAGGGCGUCAUCAGGUCAGGAGAGCAAAACUCAGAACCCUGCUUCGACACUUCUUUCAUGGCCAACAGCGGCGCGGGGUGGGCGGGAGCCAGCUUCUCCGCACAGCAGCUGCUGAGGUUCAUCAACUGGCAGGCAGACGCCAUUCGCCGCACUGACCCCAGCGCCAUGGUAACCGCAGGCUCCUGGAGCCAGAAGUCGCAGUCUGAUCAUUGGGGCGACAGGAACUUGUACAGUGACCACUGCCUGGUCAAGGCGGGAGGCAGAGCUCAGGGCACGCUGACCUUCUACUCAACACACACGUACGACUGGCAGGGUCAGUUUCCUGCAAACUCUCCAUUCAAACACAACGCUGCGGACUACGGACUGGACAAGCCGCUGGUGGUGGCUGAGUUCAACUCACAUCGCGGGGGCGGCAUGAGCAUCGAGCAGCUGUUCCAGUACGCCUACAACCACGGGUACGCGGGUGCCUGGAGCUGGCACGCCAACGCCGACGGCAGCGACACGGACGACACCAACACCCAGAUCCGCGGCAUCACGGCCCUCAGGGGACAGAACGGCGCUGGCGGUCUGGUGACCCCCCUCAACUUCUAACAUCGCCGUCGUCGUCUGGCAAUGCCGUGCGGCGCCUUCUGCUUGCUGUGCUGCCAUCUCACGCUAGACAACUUUUUUUUUUACAAGACGAUAAGUGUGUCUUCGUCGACGACAUAGCUGUGUCCUUGACUGGCUGGACUCACUUGUUCUUUGUUUGAAGCACACAGGUGCACGGACAGAGCUGGCUUAUCUCACAGGACAUUCUUACACAAAAAAGAACGCAGACGCAGUUGAUUUCGUAUUUUAAAAAAAUUUUGCAACCUUGCUUUUGACCGAAAAAAGGCAAAAAUAGUGUGUCACGAAAAGAUAAGAAAAUCAGUUGUUGUCA